AUGGCGGCGAUUACGAUCGACUUGACCCUCAGCGACGACGAAUCCGCGCCGCCGCCGCCGCAGGAGCCGCUCGCGCCGCCGAAACCGCGCCCCGCGCCGGCGGCGCCCUCGUCGAUGGCUCUUUCGAUGGCUCAACUAGCCAAGGAGCGCAAGGCGCGCGAGGCGAAGCGGCGCGCGGAGACGGCGCCGCCCGCCGCCGAGCCGCGCGCGGAGCAAGCGCCGAAGAUGGCGCCGCAGCCGUCGCUGAGGGCGGGCUGGUUCGGGCGCUCGGGCGUGGCCGCCGCGCAGCGCGUCAGCCGCCAGAUCGCGUUCCCGAAGCUGAGCGAGGACGCGACGGUGACCGUGCUCCGGCGCGAGAACCUGGGCUUCUACCGGGAGGGCGAGCUCGUGAACCCCAUCGUGUCGCCCGUCGUGCUCUUCGAGAACUGGGACGGCAAGCACGGCAUGGUCAUCGGCGCGAUGCUCGAGCGCCUGCUCAAGGAGCGCGUCGCCGGCGCCGCCAAGGGGUCGGGCCGCCACUGCAUGGUCGCCCAGGGCGCGAACUGCGGCGACACGUACCGCGUCAUGUACUCGGCGGACACGCCCGACGUCGCGGGCGUCGAGAGCGACGGCUCCGUGGAGACGCUGCUCGCGCGGCUCCUCGCCGAGGCCAAGGCCGCGGCCCUGGACCAGUUCCCCGGCGACGACGACGUGCGGCGCGCGUUGUACGAGGGCGAGUGCAACCAGGACAUCGAGGCGAAGAUCCACCGCUACGCCGGCCCGGGGCCGAAGGACGGCGGCACGCAGUACAUGCAUCCUCAUUUGGACGCGCCGGGCGCGGGCUGGGUCGCGCUGCUUUCGUUGGGCGCCACGGGCCAGUUCUUCCUGUGCAACGGCCUCUACAAAGACUCCGCGUCCUUCGGCAAGCUCGCGCCGAUCAGCGUCGGCGAGUCGCGGCGCAAGGGCUGGCCCUGCUGCGAGAAGCCGUGGAGCUCAAAUCACGUCUACAACUACCGCGGGGCCUGGUCCUUCGACGAGCAAUGCGCGGGCAAGUGGCGGCCCGGCAUGUCGGACAAGCUCCGUGACUGUCCGCACUGCACGAACCUCGACAUGAAGAGCGGCACGGUCGUCCUGUUCCACGGCGGGCCCGAGCACGGCAACCUCCACGGCGUUCGAGGCGUCGCCGACGAGCCGCCGGCCGCGGACCUGCGCGCGCUCAGCGAGGCCGUGUCGCGUCCGGACGCCGCGGCGACGCGCGCGCCGACGGUCCUCGGCCGCGGCCGCAAGAAGAAGGCGAAGACGGUCCUCGAGGCGCGGACCGAGGCGCUCGCGAUGUACCCCGAAUAUCUGCGCGACGUCAAGUCGAACCGGCCGUACCGCAUCUCGCUCCAGAUCCGCGAGCAGCGCCAGCGGCGCGGCGUCGUCGCCGGCGUCGUCGCGCCCGAGUCGCGCCGCGAGACGAAGCCGCCGUCGCUGGGCGCGCGGCUCCGCGGCGAGGUCGCCGGACCGAUGUCGAGCCUCGCCGCCGCUGCGGAUAACCUCGACGACGAGCUCGCGAAGGAGAUGGCCGCCUUGGAAGCGUCCCUCGCGCUGCUCAACGCGAGCGUCGGCAACAUGACCAAGAGCGUCCAGCGGGCCGAGGCCGACGCCGCCCUCGCGGACCGGCUCGACGACGCGCGGCGCGACGUGUCCGCCGCCGUGCUCGCGCUCGUGUCCAUAGACGACGACGCCGGCGACGCCGACGACGAUGCGAGCGGCGCCGCGGCCGCGGCGCGCGCCGCGCCGGCCGUCGCGGCCGCGCUGCGGGACGGCCGCGCGGCGGUCCGCGACGGCUUCCUCGGCACGGCCACCGCGCGCGCGGUGCGCCGCGACGUCCUCGCGCUCGACGCGGCGGCGCCCUUCGCCGCGGGCCGCGUGGCCAACGACCUGCGCGAGGCCGCGGUCCGGGCGGACCGCUGCCGCUUCGCGGCGCCGGCGUCCGACGGCCUCGCGGCGCUCGCGAAGGCGUGCGACGCGCUCGCCGCGGCGCUCGCCGGCCUCGCCGUCGACUGCGCGCCGCCGGACCGGCUGCGGCACCGCUCGGACCCGCAGUACGCCAUCUUCGAGCGAGGGCCGGGCUACGCGAAACACGUCGACAACCCGCGGGGCACGAACGGCCGCCGGCUCACCUUGGUCUACUACGCCAACGAAUCCAUCGGCGACGGCGGCGAGCUCCGCGUCGACGGGCGCGAUAUCGCGCCGCUCGCGGACCGGCUCGUCGCCUUCGCCGCGGAGACCGCGGUCCACGAGCUUCUAGAGGGCUAG